CACUCCAAAGUCACACAGCUCACAAACUGGUGGAUUCGUGGCGUCACCUGCUAAACCAUCUGCUAUUCUGCUCGACGGCUCAGCUCUAGCCUCCACUCCAGGCACCGGAGUCCGAGAGCCCGCCUACAGUGAUGGCGCCCAAGCACCUCAACCUCUUCGCCGCGGCGCUGCUCCUCCUCCUCCUCCCCUCCGGCUCCAGCGCCACCGCCGUCGAGUACUGCAAAAAGGGGUGGGACUACCCAGUGAAGGUGAGCAGCGUGGAGGUCGUCCCCGAUCCCGUCGUCAGGGGACAGCCGGCCACCUUCAAGAUUUCCGCCUCCACAGAUAAAAACAUCACUAAAGGGAAACUAACGAUAGAUGUUGCAUACUUCAUCUUCCACGUCCACUCGGAAACUCAUAACCUCUGUGAUGAGACUUCUUGCCCAGUAACAGGUGAAUUUGUGCUAGCUAGCCAACAGACAUUACCAUCGUUCACCCCGCCAGGUUCCUACACCCUCACGAUGAAGUUGCUGGGGGACAGCAACGAGGAACUGACCUGCAUCUCUUUCGGGUUCAGCAUCGGGUUUGUUGCGCCGAAUCCCGUCAUCUGAACCCAGUAUCGAAUGUCAUGGAUGUACUUUACAUGAACCUUGUAGUGCAACAUUCUCCAGUAAGACUCGGAACUCCCAGGCUGGGCGCCUGGAAUUGGUUAAUUCGGUCUUCUCAGCCUUACCAAUGUUCAUCAUGUGCACGCUCAAGAUUCCUAAAACCAUCAUUAAGGAAAUUGAUAUUUUCAGAAAGCACUGCCUGUGGAGAGGAAAUGACAUCAACUCCAAGAGGCCACCUUUGAUUGCUUGGAAUUCGGUCACUCAAAGGAAAGUGAAUGGUGGCCUGGGUGUUCUUCGAUUAGAAACACAGAACGAGGCUCUUCUAAUUAAAUUUUUGCAUAAAUUUUUCAACCACAGCGACUUACCUUGGGUCCAUCUGAUCUGGAACAAUUACUAUCUUACUCGAGGUCUCCCUGGUAAUAGAAGCGUUGGAUCUUUCUGGUGGAAGAGCAUUGUAAAGCUUCUGCCAAACUUCAAAGGACUGGCUACCCCCGUCAUUGGCAAUGGCAGAUUAAUUUCAUUCUGGGAUGAUCAGUGGAGUCAGGGCAUCCCGAGGCAUAUUUUCCCAGAGCUCUUCUCCUUUGCCAAGAACUCAAAAAUGACCAUCAAAGAGGUCAAGGAUCAAGAGCAGUUCCAUGAUCUUUUUCAUUUACCUGUCUCUGAUCAAGCGUUUGAUCAAUUUCUGGUACUCAAGGGGUCUUGGGAGCAAAUUAUUCUUAAUAAUGUUCAUGACCGCUGGAAGUAUAUUUGGGGAUCGGACAAAUUCUCGUCCCAAAAAGCUUACAGAUCUUUCAUGGGCCAGAUGCAGACUCAUCCUAUCUACAAACUAGUUUGGAAAAGUAAGUGUCAGCCUAAGCAUAGAGUCUUCUAUUGGCUGUGGCUUAAGAACAGGCUAAACACCAGAAAUAUGCUGAGAAGGAGAAACAUGGAGCUAGAUUCCUAUUCUUGCGAAAACUGUCUUUGGCAAAGAGAGGAGACCCUUUAUCAUCUUUUCCUCAGAUGCAACUUCGCGAAAGCCUGCUGGAACUCAAUUGGCAUUACCCCACCCAGAAUUUCCAACCCUGAAGAGGCAUCUGUAAACCUCAAACACCAGCUCAACGUUCCCUUCUCUAUGGAGAUCACUAUUCUUAUGACUUGGAGCAUCUGGAAAAGCCGAAACGAGUGGCUGUUUUCAAACAGAGAUCCCUCCGUGCUCCGCUGCACUCAGGAAUUUAGUAGAGAAUUGCGACUAAUCAUUCACAGAGCACGGGGAGAAUUCGACACCUCAAUCCCGAACUGGCUAAAUUUGUGGCAAAUAUAGAAAUAGCUCUUCUUUUUUCUUUCUUUCUCUCUUCUUUUUAUUGAUUGUAAAAGGAACAGGGCCUAACCUUUAAUAUUCGCUUUCUAAUAAAAUGCGCAGUAGGGGUUUCCCCCUCCUGAUCCUUCAAAAAAAAAGUAAGACUCGGAACGUGUGACCAACUGCUGUCUUGCAUUCGGAGUUGGGCGCCUGACCUAACGAUCUUAACUGCAUACA